AUGGAGAUAUUGAAUGAACUGUCGAAAGACAAACUUUUACCUUCAUUAUUUGUAUUUGAUAUCGAUUAUACGCUUUGGCCGAUAUGGAUAGAUACUCAUGUCUCCGGCCCUCCUUUCAAAGCUGAUCCUUCAAACCCUCAUUGCGUUAAAGAUAGACAUGGAAAAUUAAUAAAAUUAUACUCUGAAGUUCCAGAAAUUUUCCGAUUGAUUAAAAACUGUUCUCGACCACACAUUGCUGUAGCAUCAAGAACUCAUGAACCAGAAUGGGCACGCAAAGUCUUAUCUAUUAUGCCUUUCUCCGCGAGUAAAGAUUGUGAUUCCGUUAAAUUUCCCGCAUCUAAUUCGUCUAAAGGCGUCAACUAUCGCUCAUUAGCUGACAUAAUUGAUUAUGAUGAGAUAUAUCCUGGUUCAAAGUUGAAACAUUUUCGUUCGCUGCAUAAGAAAAGUGGAACUCCUUAUUAUGAAAUGAUUUUCUUUGACGAUGAAAUAAGAAACAACGAGGUUGAGCAAGAAUUAGGAGUACAUUUUGUUUACGUUCCGAAAGGGAUGACGUUAAAUCUAUUUCUAACAGCUAUAAAGGAUUUUGCUAAAAAAAGAAAAAAUCCUUAA